AUGUCCUACACCCCAACCAACAUCGAUCUCAGAACCACCCCCUGCUUUCCCGCUUUCGAUUCAACCCAAACCAACAGCCUUCUCAGCCUCCGCAUAUCCUCCAUCUUCGUCAUCUGCCUCACCUCAACACUAUCAACCUGCUUCCCCCUUCUCCCACGGCGAAACUCCCGCUGGAAGAUCUCCAGAGGGAUAUACACCUUCGCCCGGUUCUUUGGCACGGGCGUUAUCAUCGCUACGGCAUUCAUUCACUUGCUGGAUCCCGCAUACGAAGCUAUUGGGCCGCGGAGUUGUGCUGCUGCGGAUGGGGUGUGGAGUAAGUUUCCUUGGUGUGCGGGCAUCGUCUUGACCUCGAUCUUGCUUGUUUUCUGUGUGGAUCUCGCAGCGGAAGUGUAUGUUCAGGAGCAAUUUCAGCAAUUCAAAGAUGGAGAUGAGAGCGUGCGGUGUGGAGAACGGGAGGCGUUACUUGCUGCGGGACGGCAGCAACAGCAACAGCAUCGAAAUGGUACUGAGAUGGGCGAAGACGAUGAGAGUUUCUCGUCGGAUACAGAGUGGAGGGAGGUAUCCACGCGGUCUCAUAUCUCCUUUGUACAGCAAAUCAGCACGCUUCUUGUACUGGAACUCGGGAUAAUAUUUCACUCCGUCAUUAUCGGUUUGAACCUCGGUGUCGUGGCUUCAUCGACUUUUACUACGUUGUACCCCGUGCUUGUCUUCCAUCAGUCCUUUGAAGGUCUCGGUAUCGGCGCUCGGCUAUCGAACAUUCAUUUCCCUCACGACAAAGCGUGGAUACCCUGGGCACUGUGUGCGCUGUAUGGGCUUGCGACGCCACUGGCGAUUGCGGCGGGGUUGGGUGUUAGGGCUACGUAUGCGCCUGAGAGUAGAGGGGGAACGAUCGUGCAGGGUAUCAUGAAUGCUGCGAGCGCGGGUUUCUUGAUUUAUAGUGCUUUGGUUGAGUUGCUAGCCAAGGACUUUUUGCUUGAUAACAAGAGGACGAAGGGUUUGGGGAAGCUAGGAUUGAUGGUUGCAUAUGUCUUUGCUGGUGCGGUUGCCAUGGCGCUACUCGGGUAUUGGGCGUAG